GUUUGUCUUGGGUUGUCCUUCCGCCUAUUCAUGUUCCUAUUCAUGCUCCUGUUCCCUGUUUGCCUGUAGAACCAGUUUAGAAGGAUUAGACACCAGCGGUCAACGACCAGUAAUAGCAAGACAAACGAGUGCCAAACCAUGUAGUGCAGCAGCUCCACACAGCUACAGAGCGACAUCCAGAGAUUCACUGCUGACUACAGACACACCAACACAGAGGCAACAUGAGAGCUGUCGCAGCCUUUCUGCUGGUGUUGUGUUACCUGGCUGUCACUCAUGCCUGGCGCUGCAAUGAGGGUCCGCGGCUGUCCAGUGCUCGGCAGAUCGAUGCUGGACAGGGGAAAGUGGUCGCGACAAACUCAUAUGGCUAUGUGUACUUCCUGAUUGGAUCGUCCUGGUACAGAAUGAGCUCAAUUAGAUUCGAUCACGCCUCAAUUGGACCUGCAGGGCUUUGGGCAACAAGUACCAGCGGGAACAGGGUCUACAAAUACAUAGCUGGCAACUUUGUUGUCUCCAGUGGUUUGUCUAUGCGGCAGGUGGAUGCUGGAGGUAAUGGUCAGGUUGUGGGAGUGAGCAGCUCCUCCGCUGCCUACUGUCUGAGAAGUGACUUGGCCUCGAGCUACAAGGGAUCUGGCUCCCUGAGCUGGAGCAACCUGUCGAGGGUCUUGAAGUACAUCAGCUGCGGAAAGUACGGAUGCUGGGGAACCGACACAAGCCAUCAGAUCUACUUCUCACAGACCUUGUCGCCAACCACCUGUGGCAACAGUCGCUGGUCACAGAUUUCUGGGUCUGCAGCCAUGGUUGAAGUGGGGACAGACGGAAGCGUCUUCGUGGUGAAUAGUUCAGGGCAGCUCUUCCAGAGAUCGGGCAUCAGCAGUCGCAGCCCUCAGGGUACAACUUGGACAACAGUCUCAAUGCGCAUGCCAGUCCGCCAUGUUUCCUACGACCUGGGCAACCUCUGGGUUGUGACCACCUCUGGCUUGCUCAUGAAGUGCACACACUAAUGUGGAAUGCACGCUCACAGUCCGCAGUGUCCGCCAAUCUCUGUUUGUCACGGAGGAUUAUUUGUUUGUCGGGAAUGAGGACCUCUAAAAAAAGUGGUUUUUUUUUGACUGUCUCCUCUUUAACACUCUGUCUUUUCUUUAGAAUAUCCAGUUAACAGUUAACAAAGAAUGAACGAUUUCUUUUUUUAAUGUAAAAGUUGUGGUGUAGCUAUUCAUCUCUUUUCAUUCUAUCAGGCAACUACUUAUUUUGAAAACAGGGAAAAUUAAUGCUGCAAGAAGCCAUUUAUUCAUUUACAGCAGAGAAGGGAAGAAAAUACUUUAAAUCACAGCAGGCAAAUUACAUUUACAGGGUUACAGGGUAAAUGUAUUAUUCAUUUUUAAAAACAAACCUGUGUGAUUUGUGUUAAUAAACAAUGGUGUUGUGAAACUAAGAGGUGAAAAAUAAAGUAAAGGAAAUGUUUUGCAGAUCAUUCUAACCAUGACCAAAGUUUAAUAUCAUGGUGUGUAUCUGCAGCAUUGCUUUGUGGUUUUUGGAGUAUUUGUUUGAUAAAAGGGAAGAGCAUCUUCAUAAUGAAAAAAAAAAACAACCUACGGAGCGAUUAAAUCAUUUACCAGUGAGUUGUAAAACACUGCCAAAGACAGAUCAUGUGUCAUUGGGGGACUUUUUUUUUUUUAACUGAAGCAACAGGUUCAUAUUUCUUAGUGGGAUUACUGAGCUGUCUUUGAGACACAGGUGCCAACUUAAAAACACUGUAAGAGAUGUUUUUGGGUGUUAAAACAGGAAAUAGCAGAACCAAGUGAGCACGAACAUCACAGGUGACUGAGAGAAGCA